GGUUGCCAGGGAGAUGACCCCAUUUCUACCUCCUAUCGACUCAGCUGUGGCGGUUCCUGUCAAGAAGAUAAGGCCAGGACCAUGAUUCCCGGGAAAUACCGCACCAACCCUGGCCGAAUCACGCCGAGCAAUGUGAAUUGUGGGCUUCAUCUGGUUAUUCAGACAUCAACAGUGCCUGAGAAAAACAAAUUUGAACUCAGGCUAACUAAAGACUCAUCUUUCCAUAAUCGACUUUUGCAACACGAUAUAGAAAAAAACUACUCAAGCAGACAAGGGGAUGGAAGAGUAAUAAGUCCUUCACCUCGUAACAAACCGUCAUUCGUCCCAACCACAACAAACAUGACAGACCUUUGUGGGCUGGAACUGAAAACUGGCGCAAACUCUUUAUCAGCAUUUGGAGAUUCUUCCAUUCAGACACCUACAAAAUCCAGAGUUCGACAGGGUUGUCACAGUGCUGGCCCAAAUGUAUCUGGUGAUCAUGUCUACUUGGGGAGCUCAUCAAUGCCUUCAUUUCCAGUUCUUCAUCGUUCUAGUGAAGAAAAAAUUCUUUACUCAGAUAGGUUGACCUUAGAAAGGCAAAAACUGACAGUUUGUCCUGUGAUUGAUGGGGAAGAACACCUUCGUCUUUUGAACUUUCAACACAAUUUUAUAACUCGAAUCCAAAAUAUUUCUAACCUUCAGAGCCUUAUAUUCUUGGAUUUAUAUGAUAACCAGAUUGAGGAAAUAAGUGGACUUUCUACACUUAGGUCUCUUCGUGUUCUCUUAUUGGGGAAAAACAGAAUUAAGAAAAUCUCAAAUCUGGAUAAUCUGAAAAGCCUGGAUGUAUUGGACCUUCAUGGAAAUCAGAUUUCAAAAAUUGAAAAUGUCAGUCAUUUGUGUGAUCUGAGAGUUUUAAACCUUGCAAGAAACUUUUUAAAUGAUGUUGAUGAUCUUAAUGGCCUGAGUUCGCUGACUGAACUUAAUCUGCGACACAAUCAAAUCACUUCUGUGAGAGAUGUGGAUAAUUUGCCCUGCCUCCAACGUCUGUUUCUCAGCUACAACAAUAUCUCUUGUUUUGAAGAUAUUCUGUGCCUUGCUGACUCCACCUCCCUCUCAGACAUCACUCUUGAUGGCAAUCCAAUAGCUCAAGAGUCAUGGUACAAACACACUAUCCUUCAGCAUAUGAUGCAACUCCGCCAGCUAGAUAUGAAGAGAAUCACGGAAGAAGAAAGGCGCAUGGCAUCAAUUGUUGCAAGAAAAGAGGAAGAGAAGAAGCGUGAAAGUCAUAAGCAAACAUUGAUCAAGGAGAAGAAAAGGUUAACAAUUUGCAAUGUGGCUCGUAAGUGGGAUAUGCAGCAAAAUCGUGUGACCAGUGGUCCUUCUUCAAGUCAAGAUGGAAAGGACUCUGAUGUACCAUCUCAAGACACCUGCCAAUUGAAUGGAAGUGGAGCCUGUGUAUAUCCAGAGGAACCUGGGUCUCUUGAUCCUGUGUUAAGUACUGCUUUACAAGGGCUUGCUGUCAUAGAAAAUCACCUUGUGGAAGUGGAUGGAGAUACACUUUUCUUAUAUGGCUCUGGAGCUCUAGAAUCACUAGAUCGUAACUGGAGUGUUCAGACAGCAGGAUUGGUUACAACGGUGUCCUUCACUUUCAUUGAAUUUGAUGAAAUAGUCCAAGUACUCCCCAAAUUGAAGAUUAAAUUUCCUAAUUCUUUGCACCUUAAGUUCAAGGAAACAAAUCUUGUUAUGCUGCAGCAAUUUAAUGCACUAGCACAGCUUCGUCGCAUUGACCAGUUGACAAUCGAUCCUCAGGGAAAUCCAGUUGUCAAUUUUACACUCUGGAAAUAUUAUGUGCUAUUUAGACUGAGCCAUUUUAGUAUGCAAAAAAUAAAUGGAACUGAGGUGACACAGAAUGACAUGAUAAUGGCUGAAAGGCUUUUUGGAAUUCUGGCACAUGUAGCAUCUUCUGAGUUACCACAGUAUCGGCUACUUUCUCUUCUGGGCGAAGUCAGGAAGAAGCAAUUCCGGUAUCUGCUAGAAGGAAAAGGAAAAAAAUCUGGGGUGGUCAGUGAAGAAAAUAAUGAGAACAAAAGACUUGGUGGAGAAAAUACAAAUCGAGCUACAUUGAAUUAUACCACAAGAGAUUUUUAUACAGAAAAACUUGAGGAAAUAAAAGAAAAAAAGAAAUUUUGCAAGACUUACAUACAUGACCUUGUGAAAGAAGCAGCUGAAAUCAACAUGAAAAAUGAAUCUUUACAGAAGCUUUGGCCUCAGAUGUUCAUUGAGCUUGUCAGGGAUGCAGUAAUAGAAAUUCGCAAUAAGAAUUCCUACAUGAAACUCUGUCUGCAAAGAAUAACUGAUACAAAAUAGCAGUUUACCAAUUACUGUUGAUUUGAGUAUUUUGUGUUUGUUUCAAGAAGACUAAAAAUAUAGAGGAUAAACAUUACCAGAAAAAUAAAUCACUUUCCUACAAAGGAUGGCUUCUAAGCAUCAUUGAAUACUGUUUUCCCAGGGAGAGUUGACUAGGCUUUAAAAAAAUAAAAAUGACAAGACCAAAAAACUUUUAAGAUGUCAGUAUGGCCUUUGUGAAUAAAGCCAUUUGUAGAAAGUAACAAGAUCAGAGGUUG